CCGCACCGUUAGCGUUUGUACAUCCCGGUAACGGCAGUGUGUCCGACUACACAACAGGUGUGCGUGCGCGUGUGUGUUGGUGAUGUCGAACGGGGAGCGCGUGGUUCUAGCGCUCGGUGGAGCGGGUACUGUGGGCUCCGGGCUGGUGAAGGGGCUUUUGGACAGAGGGUUUAAGGUUGCUGUGGUCUCCAGAGACAAGAAUAAGCUAGAGAAGCUCAGAGACUUUGUUUCGCCCUCCACUAAAGGCAACCUGACGACUCUGGUAGGAGAUGUUGGUUCGGAGGAGGAAGCUGAAGAGGUCAAGCAAGCCCUCUUGAAGUCUGUGGGGAAGAUUACAGAUGUGGUGUCAUCUCUGGGCUUCAGCUGGUGGCAAGGAGGGCCACCGCACACCCAACCUCUCAAAGAACUCCACUGGGUUAUUGAGACACUUCUGUUCAGCACAUUUGUAUCAUGGAAAACAUUCUUUCCCCUGGUGAGAGAUGAUCCCAAUUGCACCUACACAUUUAUUACAGGGGGUGCUGGGGAAAAACUGCUAAUGCCAGGCACAGGCUUUUUGACAGUGGGCUCAGCCGGCACUCUAGCAUUCUGUCAGAUUCUGCGAGAAGAGUACGCAGAGGUUCCCUGCAAACUUAAUCAGGUGAAGAUCAACACAGGUGUUGGUACCCCUGAGCGCAUGGGGCCUGGGUACCUGAAUCAUGUGGAGUUAGGUGAGGCAGUGGCUACGCUGGUGGAAAGGAGGAAUAAAUCACACACAGUCUUCAACAUAAAUUGCCCUGCCGACCUUAAAACCGUCAUCUGUAAUGAUAAGGGAGCUCUGUAGGGUCUAUUCACUCUCGACUCCACUCACUAUUUACUUUGCAUGCAAAUGAAUACACAAUGCUUAAGUAACGUCCAGCUUCUUCAUUAUACUUAGUUUAGACUAACACAACACAAUAGAAAUGCACGGCUUUAGCGGGGUGUAGCUGUGCACAAAUAUGUUUGGUUUGAAAAUAGUAGCAUGACUCAAGAGGCACACAAACAGAUUCCUUUGUAAUGUGAGAAUGAAAGAGAAGAAAUAUUUUGGACUGUGCUCAAGCUUUAUAGUUUAAUCCAGGCUUCAGGUCGAUGGGAGAGUGUUAGGACUGGAAGAGGGAUGUGAUCUCCCUAGCGUGACUCCCUGCUCUGCUAACAAAUAUUCUUCAGUCUACAUCUGUUCUGCUUAUGUGGUUCCAGUUAUCCUACACCACACUGCCUGAAAAUAAACAGAGCUGCGAUGGUAGAAUACCCAAGUGUUCAAACAAGGGAAAUGUUAUAGAAGGUAGAUCUUUGUUUGUUUGUUAAUGUUAUGGUGUACUUUACAUACACCCCUGGAUAUGUAUUUGACAUUUCACUAAAUAAAACAAGCUCUAAAAUCAA